UGAUAUUUUCUACAAUUGUUUCACGAUCAUAAUGCGCGGUCAACUUGUACUUUUAGCUUAUUGCCUAUUGAGCAGCCUUUGUCUGCUGCAUACAAAUGCAAAGAAAUUGUUUGCCAGAUUCGAAAGUGUUAAGGCUCUUGAUGAUAACUUACUGGCCCUUCCACCCGCUAUAAAGGAAAAUGACGUAAAUAAAGUUUACUCAAGUAAUGAUUGUCAGGUGGCGGUACGUGACAGUUUUCCUGAUCCUCAACCAGUUUUCUUAAAUGAAAAUGUUACAGAUUUCCUUCAUGUCUCCGAUAAAGAUGGUGUAAUGAAUAUUAUCGGCGGAAAGACUGUACGUAUGUGGUGUCCGAAGCAAUUUAAAUCGAUUGCCUCUGAAUUAAUAAAUGUUACUUGUAUCGGAGGUAGUGUCUUCAUGGUUGAUAGUCAACUUUAUAAUUUUUCGGACUUCACUUGCAACUCGUGGCCCAGUUUCACAGCCCAAAGGACAGCAGAAGCAUGCAAUGAAGGCAUUUUAAUACGCGUUGGUUUCGAAAUUUCUUCAAAGCAUUUCGUUGAACAGAUGCGAGUUUGUUUCGAUGAAAAGCAAGAGGUAACACGAUACGUUCAUCAUUCUUUAGGACCGGCUAGCAAUUACUUUCAAACUGGUAUUGAUCGCAUCCCGUUUCAAACCGGAGAUUUCUUUGAUGGCAAAAAUGUGGAUAAUCUCUACACUCAAGUGAAGCAGCAAGAAACUAUUUCUAACGCGUUAGGCGACGAUGUCGGAGGCAAAUUUUUUAAUAUUUCGAAAAAUAUUUAUUUAGCACGAGGCCAUAUGGCUGCCAAGGCAGAUUUCGUGUUUGGAACUCAACAACGUGCAACAUUUUUAUUCAUUAACGCUGCUCCUCAAUGGCAGGUAUUUAAUGCCGGCAAUUGGGCGCGUGUCGAAGACGGACUUCGGAUAUGGGUUUCAAAAAAUAGAAUCAAGGUCAAUUGCUAUACUGGUGUCUACGGAGUUACGUCGCUGCCUGAUCAAAAUGGUGACGAAACUUCGCUGUACUUAGCUUAUGAUUCUAAUAACAAUGGCUUGAUACCGGUACCCAAGAUAUAUUUUCGUGUCGUUAUCGAGCCAUCUACCAAACGCGGCAUUGUAUUUAUUGGCGUCAAUAAUCCACAUUUAACUAUAGAACAGAUUACGAAAGACUACAUCUUUUGUGACGAUAUCAGUGAUAAAGUAACUUAUUUAAAUUGGAAAAAAGAUGAUAUUACUCUCGGAUACUCCUAUGCGUGCACAGUCAGCGAAUUUCUUAAAAAUGUUCCAGUCUUACCAUCUCUGGAUGCCUCUGGUGGCUUGUUAAUCUAAAUCCUAUUAGUGGAAUCAUAAAUUUUUUGAUG